AUCGUGUUGUAGAAAAUACAUCGUAAUGUGUGUUUAUCAUGAAAUGAAGUUAGUGAUUUAUUGCAGCUUCAGCUUUAAAAUUUCAAUUACGCAUGAGGUGGAAGUGACAUGUAGAACAUAACACGUUCUGUAUGUCGUCUGCACAAUAUCGGCAGGAAAUACAAUGGUUGCAAAGUAUGAGAAGGUGAAGAAGCAACAUGAGUACCACAAGCGAUGACCUAUCAUCAAACGAAAAGCAGCACCUGGUCCGUAAACGCAGGCGCUUAAAAGGAGAAAAGCUGUGCCAGAUCUGUGGUGACAAAGCUUUGGCUCACCACUUUGGUAUCUUGGCGUGUGAAACAUGUAAAGCUUUCUUUCGAAGAAAUGCACUUAAACCUCUGGAGACCAGAAAAUGCCUUUUUCAAAACAAUUGCAUCAUCGACAAGAAAACCAGACGGUUCUGCCCAGCUUGCCGCCUCAAGAAGUGCUUUGAUGUAGGAAUGCAGCCUGAUCUUAUACUUGAUGAUGACGAACGGCAACAGCGACAGAAGAAAAUGAGGGAGAACCGAAUGCAGCGCAAGCAGUUGAAUGAAGGCGACACAGACAAAAGUAAUGCCUCAUGGAAUGGAGUUUCUACAUCAAGUCACACCGAUGCCCAGAGCCAUGAUGAUGUGCAGCUUCAGGGUCUGGUGUGUCCAGCUGAGCAUAUGCUUGCACUUAAUAGUCCACAAUCUGCUGAACAGUCUUCUUCCUCCAUCUACACUACUCAGGGACCACAGUCUGCUAGCCUGCACCUGCCAUACCAUCAUUCUGAUUCAGCCACUGAUGUCAGCAGCUGGAGUGUUGAGUUAAACACAGAAACUGAUUUCUCUGAUGCAGCACAUUUCGCUAACAUUCAUUCACCUCCCAGUGCAGGCACUUCAGACAGUGUGUCUACAGCUUCUUUUCCUGUGCAUGGAAUUUUUGUGGGUUCAUCUGGCAGCCAGCUUUCAACCACAUCUCCUCAGGCUCCCACAGCCUCAAGCUAUAUGCCUCAGCCCCCUGCUGAAUUCCACCAUGUUCCCCGUGACCAGCUUCCAUCUGACCCCUAUAUGUACUGGCGCUUGUCAGAGGAAGAGCGCUGUCUGCUUACCAAACUUUCAACUGCUUAUCAAGAUACUGUUCUCUCCAUCCUUCAAAGCAACCCACCAAAGGACUACAUCAUUCCAGAAUCUCUCUCAAAGGACUGCUACCUGCAGGAGUGUGAAGCACAAACUCGCAAUGCUAUUAGGUUUGUCAAGCAGAUGGAGGAUUUCCAACAGCUGAACAUCGAUAACCAAAUAGCACUUUUGAAAGCAUCAACUGGCCAGGUAAUUGGUCUGAGAAACAGCGCUCUCUAUAUUGCUGAAAAAGACGCUUGGCUGACAUCCUUCGGUUACAUGACUUCAGAAAAUGCAGCACGUAUUUUUCCAGACAGCCCUCACUUUCAGAAGGGAAAGCAUUUUUGCAAAGCAGUGAAAGCAAUUGUGAAAAAUGACAUCACAAUGUAUGCAUUACUACAUUGCUUAAUCCUCUUUGACCCCAGUGACGAUCGAGUCCUAGACAGACAGCUUGUCAACUCUAUUCGUGACAAGUAUGUGAUACUUCUUAGACAUUACCUAGAGUCUUUGUACUCUUAUCGCUACAGUGAUAAAUACCUUAUGGCUCUUCAAGCAAAUCUUGCUUUUUAUAGAGAAGUAGCACAAGAUAAGAGGCACCUUGUAAAGAAAUUAUUUCCUGGAAUAUCUAAUCAGCUGCUGUUGGAAGUAUAUGACCUCAACUAAAUGUGAGCAGUGUGUGUGGCACUUAGACAUUUUAUUACUUUAUCAAAGUAGCUGGAAAUAUGAAAGAAAAUGUUAGAAGGGCAGAUAAGUUACACUAUGCUACUGCUAAAGUUAGUGUAAUUAGUGAAAAUGUGUUUAGAUGAUUGCCUUAUUGAUUCCCUGUUGGAUGAGAAUGAGUACCAGGUUGCAUGUUUAAGGUGUGAUCAACAUCCUGAUCACAUGAUUUUAUAUGAUUAAAUGCAUUGCUGUAGUUAAAGAUAAUAAAGAUCUUACGGUGGCUGAAAUUUGUGGUAAGAUGACAUCUAAUACAUGCACCUCAUAAAUUUAGUAUGUAUAAAAUGUUACUAAAAUAAUAUAUUGUUUUAAGAUAAUAAAUCUAUAAAUUAUGUUACAAACUCACUUAAAGUUUAUAAAGCAUUGGCAUUAAUUAUCCACAUGUAUAAAUGGAAUAGUAGUAGUAGUAUAAAUGGUUGAAUGUUAUAUGAACUCGAAGGAGUCUCUAUUGUGUACUUACUUGUAUUGGUAGAAAAUAUAUUAAUCUAGUAUAUUAUUAGAAAUUUCUUCUGCUCCUAGUUUUGGUUACUGCAGUGUGAAUUACUGAACUCAUCAUCCUUUCCUUUGAACUGUCUUCUGUUGUGAAUAAAUUCUUUUUAAUUUGUAAAUUGACUUUAUUAAUAAACAAAUGUUAAUACAAAUAUCAUUGUGUGAAUACAUUACAUUUCUUAGAAGUGGUCAGAAAUUUAAGUUUUUGUUAAAAUUGGAGAGAAUGUGCUCCUUCACAAGAAGUCAUUGUGACUAUAUGAUAUUACCGUGUUUCCAUGAAGAAUGGAUAUGUAAUUAUGUUUGUUAGCUGACCGUAUAAAUUCUUUGGUCUUGAUUAUGCGUAUGCACCAUGAGAUGGGAUACUAAUUUGCAUUAAUGUUAUUGUUCCUUUGCAACGGUUAGUGGUUUUGAGGUGUGUAUACCUGUGUGUUCAUGGGUGUGUGUAAAACUAAGGUUUUGGGGUUUCGCUGUCUAUUGGGUCAUAUACACUACCAACAGGUCAAAAUAUAUGAAAAUAGUUGUUUUGACCAUUAAAUAGGAAUUAGCAUUAUAUAGUGUACAUAUAUACUUUCCAAUUCAUGUGGAUAUGCACAGUUCUGAUAAUUACAUAUUUUUUUGCACAAGACCUGGAAAUAAGAUUUUUGGAAAGUUGUUUUAAUGAGGUUAGAUAGGAAACAUGAGCCAAGCUGUUUUCCAAUGUUCCAUACAAGCCCUUACCCCUAUAAAAGCGAACAAGAUUGCGAAUGCAUGACCAAUCUGUAUUAUCAGAUCAAGCAAGGAUCCUCUGUUUUGGUGUCUGUAUGUUCACUUACUACUUGUGAAAGAGUUGGGAUUAAAUACAUAUAUUU